CCGUCAUGGACCAGCCUCCUGCCCGGCCACCUGACACCGACUCUCAGCUCUCAAAAGAGUCAGGUGACACGCGCUGUCACGCACUCGGAUCCUGUCUCGCCGCGGAGAGGACGCAAGGAUGACCUUCAUCGCCAAGACCUUCUACGACCUGAGGGCCACCACCCUGGAGGGGGACUCGGUGGACUUCAACGUGUUCCGAGGCCGGGUGGUCCUGAUAGAGAACGUGGCCUCGCUGUGAGGGACCACCACCCGGGACUUCAGCGAGCUCAACCUGCUCCAGAGCAAGUACCCGCACCGGCUGGUGGUCCUGGGCUUCCCCUGCAACCAGUUCGGAUACCAGGAGAACUGUUCCAACGGCGAGAUCCUCAAUUCCCUCCAACAUGUUCGUCCCGGCCAAGGCUUCCGGCCGAACUUCACGCUCUUCCAGAAGUGCGAAGUCAACGGCGCCAACACGCACCCGGUCUUCGCCUACCUGAAGGACAAGCUCCCGUACCCCGAUGACGACCCGCACUCGCUCAUGCAGGACCCCAGGUUCCUCACCUGGAGCCCGGUGAGCAGGAGCGACGUCUCCUGGAACUUCGAGAAGUUCCUCAUCGGGCCAGAGGGGGAGCCCUUCAAGCGCUACAGCAAGAAGUUCGCCACGGCCGACACCGAGCCGGACAUCCAGCGCCUGCUGCGGCUGACCAAGAACUGAGAGCCGCGUCCGCUUCCUUUAAGUCUUAGUUAAUGACGGUGAUGUUCUGAAAGUCCGCAGGGACGUUACCUGAGCUCCUGUAAGCGCUUAGAGCAAGUGGACCCUGAAGCACGCGACGUCACUGGGGUGCGGUGCCGUGACUUUACCAGCAGAUGGCGAUGUUGUUUUU